AUGUAUUAAGGUUUUUAUAAUAAAACGCAAAAAAACUUGAUUAAAUUCCAAAAAAAUAAUAGUUAUUUGCUCAAUUAAACAAAUAUAAUGGAUUUAAAUGCAACGGUUGAACAGUUGGUGAAAAUAACGUCAGCCCUUAAGAAUGAAGUCAACGAACUAAAAGGAAAUGAUUUAAAUUGCAGACUAGAUGAACUGGAAGAGGAAAAGGAGGCAUUAAAAGAUGAUAUUAUUGAUUUGAGGCACUCCUUAAUGCAACAGAAUGAGAAGAUUUUAUCGUUAAUUAGAAAGCAAAAUGAUAAAUUAGUAGAGACCAUUGAAGCGGAUAAACUAGCUCCUCAAUUGGUAUUUAGUAGGAAAAUUUCGGGAUAUUCACAAUUAUUUCCCAUUAAAUCUCUAAAGGAAUUGGAUGAAUUGGAGCAAUUAAUAAAUGAUAACAAUGUUAAUGAACUAGUGGCCGUUGUCCAUCAAUUGCUAGAACCUCAUGGCAUUAUCAAGAAUAUUGUUUCCAUUCUGUCUAUCGGGUGCAUUAUGGAAUGUAAUGUUGAUGGUCAUCACAACAAGAGACGUUUAUUAAAUAGCCAGAAAUUUAUGGAUUUACUUUAUCAAGCUGCCCAUUAUGAUGGCUAUAGUCAUAAAAUGUUUUUGGAGCAAGUUCGUCGUGGUUUUAAAAUGGUAAAAAAUCGCUAUAAUAAAAAUUUAUGUCGUCACCGUCAGAUGGAGCGCCAACGUCAGGAACAAGUUCAAAUUGAAAUGCAUGAAAUAGAAGAUAUAAUAGACAUAAUGCCCGAAGAGUUUAUAAAAACAGAAACUAUUAUUUGAUUGAAUUAGUUAUUUUUUUUUUAGAAAUAAGUUCUAUUUUUAAGUAAUAAGUUAUUUUUUAAAGAAGAAAAUAAAAUUUUAGUUAUUGAA